AACUCAGAAACACGCGUGUGUUAUCAGACCUCCUCAUUCCUCCAGUGAACGGAAUGAAACGGGGGAGCAGGAUGUGUGGAUGCUCUCGUGACGCUGACACCGACUGAGCUCUGCAUCUUUAAAACAGAAAAAAAAAAAAAGAGCCACGAACAGAAAGAGGCAGCUCAGUCAGAACCGCGGGACGAGCAGGAACUACCAGUCUUUUUGACUUGUGGAGAGAGCCGAGCCGUGAGGAGAGAACUCACCGCGCAUCAGCUGCUCCUCACCGGCCUCUUAUUGCUGGAAGCCGCGGCUCAAUCAGUCACAUGACACAACUGGAGGCAGAGACCUAGAGAAACAGCCACAGCGUCUCAGCCUCGCUCCGCCAUUCUCUAUUUUGAGCCAUAUCACAUUUUUAUCGCCACAUUUUACUCCCCGCUCGGUGAGUACAUUUCCAAUGGCUUUUUUUUUGUAAGCAUUUUUUUGUCUUUUUAAUUGCCCUCCCCGUUUUUUUUUAUUUUUCCUCCUUUUGCUGGUGUUUGAAUUGAGCAGUGACAUGGUGGUUUUCAGCGUUUUUGAUUCUCAAGUUUUUAGCAUGUUAUUCUGAUCCGGUGCCAGGAGGGUGCACGGGGGCUUGAUCGGUCUUCACGAGGCUUUUACUUGCUUGCAGUUUUGUUUCGAGGGUCGAAACCAAGCAGGUUUUGUCAGUAUUGAGAUUUUUCAACAUUUAUUGGUGGGUUUUGAAACAUUUUUAUUUUUUCUUUAUUUUUUCUUUAUAUAUAUAUAUUUUUGUUUCUGUCGACUUUUGCUGUUGCUAUGCUUUGGUUUGCAUUUUGCAGUGUUGUUCGUUGCCUUCCAGUUUUGUGAUUUUGUGAGAUUUUGAUGUGUCGGUGCAUCUCACCGAUCGAGCCCUUGAUUUUACUUUUCUCUGUGGGAGAAUCCAGUCCUUUUUAAAACGUUUUAACCUGAUACUUUUCUUGCAGCCGAGCUCACAGGUUUGUUUUUGUGCUUAUCUUUAUUUUUUUGUCCUUAUACUUUUGCUGGUGGCAGUGUCAAGUAUUUUUGGAUGUGGUCGUUUUUUUUAUGACUAGAUGAUGCUGGGUGGACGAGGGGAGUUUUGAUUCUUGGGGGAGUUCAAUGCGUUUUUGUUUUUAUGUGUCCACGAGGAUGAACAGACAUUUUCCCUUUUGCAGGAGGGCAACUGGAGGAGAAUGACUGGUAAAACCCAAACAAGCAACGUGACCAACAAGAAUGACCCGCGCUCCCUCAACUCCAGAGUCUUUAUCGGCAACCUCAACACAGCCAUUGUCAAGAAGACAGACAUAGAGGUCAUCUUCGCCAAGUACGGCAAGAUAGUGGGUUGUUCCGUACACAAGGGUUACGCCUUUGUGCAGUACGUGAAUGAGAGGAACGCUCGAGCAGCUGUGGCAGGAGAAAAUGCCCGUGUCAUCGCUGGACAGCCUCUUGACAUAAACAUGGCAGGCGAGCCCAAGCCCUACAGGCCCAAAGCCGGCACCAAGCGGCCGCUCUCAGCCGUCUACAGUGGCUAUGAGUUUGAUUACGAGUACUACAGGGAUGAUUUCUACAGCAGGCUUUUCGACUACCAUGGCAGAGUGGCCCCCCCACCCAGAGCCGUGAUCCCCCUCAAACGCUCCAGGGUGCUCGCUCCAUCCUCCCGCCGCGGGAAGACCUCCUUCCCCAUCAAAACAUCCUCCUCCUCCUCCUCUUCAUCCUCCAGACCACCCACAUCCUCCUCCUCCUCCGGGCUCAAACCAGUGAAGACGGACCAGCUUCAGACCAUCAAACGGGAGCUGACUCAGAUUAAGAUGAAGAUCGACUCUUUACUUGGACGUCUGGAGAAGAUUGAGAAGCAACAGAGAGUCGAGUCUGAGUCUCAGAGAAAGUACGAGGACAACUGCGACUCCCUGCACGAGGAGUCGGUGUCGGAGACGGCGGAAAACUCCGGGGAGGAGGCCGGGGACGGGGAGCUGGACGUGGAGGCGGGAGAGAUGACCGAUGGAGGUGAGGACGACUACGACGAGGAGGGCAGCCACCAUCUGAUAGAAAACCACGUAUCGGAUAUUGACAACUGAGAUCAGGGUGAGGACGCGAUAUUAGAAUUUCAUCAUCACCUUCUAGAGACAAGAGAAGGAUCUCUGAAGGAAUCAAGACACCCAUUCUGGACUGUUGAGUUGUGUGUUCAAGAGAUGCCCAAUCACAUUUAAGAUGCCGCAACUGUGCAGCACAAACCGAGUGUGAUUUGCUCUCUGUAGAAAAUGUAUUCAAGAUCCAUUUUAAUGCGUCGGCCUGACUUGACCUCAUGGAUAUUCUGUGCGACUCCUAUUUCAUUGCAAGAGGCUGCAAAUAUGAUGCGAUAAUCAUGUUCCUGAAAAAAAUAAAACAACUGAAGGAAAUAAAGGGACUUACUUAUUGACUUUAUGUUGCAAGAAGGAGACAUUGACGUUGUUGCUUUUCUUAAAUGUGUUUGCGCUGUGAUUCUACUUCCUUUCUUUUUUUUUUUUAAGGAAUUUCUGUUAUAGCUCAAAAAUCGAAUGAAUAAAUAACAAGGAGAACAACGUGCGACAGCAGUGUGAUAUUCAGAGAAAUGAAAGAGGCGUUGUGCCGCCUGGUUCGGAUUUUAACUCGCUCAUGAGCCAAUAGUUGUGAGCAUGACUUUUCCCGCUUUAUCCAUUUAUCACACAAAUGCCCUGCGGGGCUGUUCCAUCAUAUAUUCCAACUCCUGCCAAGUUUUCAAAAGCAGACAGGGCCUCCUGUGGUAGAACGCCAGCACUGGCACAGGCCUCCUGCCACGGAGCAUCGCCCUGCUUAGCCUGGCAUCCCAACAUGGAUUUCUGCUGUUCACGAGCCAACGCCCUCUCUCCUCUUCCUCCUCCUCCUCCUCCUCCUCCUCAUCAUCCCUCUGUAUCCUGUAUCGAUUAUGUCUUAUGUAGGUGAAGGAGCGUCGUAAGGUUUUAGAAAUCGUUGGAAGAUGUAAUUAAUGCUUUGAUAUUAUUUACUGUAAUCAUUAAUUCAGAUUGCUUAAAAAGCUGAGUAAAUAUCGAGUAAUAUGCCUUAAAAUGAGACAAGACAAAACAGAAGAUGUCUGUCAAAGUCAAUAUUAUGGUUGAGUACAAACUGUGAGCAGAUGUAGCUGAACCGGCCACUGGCACUGGAGGAUUUACUGUUUACUAACAUCAACCUACAUGAUUCCUGCCAGCUCAUAUUUGGCAGUAGCCUCGCUGCCAUGUGCAGCUGCUAACAUAUAAAAAUUUCAUAAGCGGCUUGAGCUUCAGCUGAGCAACUACAAUUAACAUGAUUAGAAAUAAAUUGCUGCAAAUUGAAUUAUGUCACCGGUGAAUGGGCGCCAGCGUGUUCUACUGUUAAUUAUUCACAUCAUGUUUGCUCCAUUUCCCCCCCCACUCUAAGAUGUGGCUGUUAGGAGGUCGGUGUUGUGACAUGAACCAGGUGUCUCAUCUUCUGAUGAUGUUUUACUGUACGUGAGCCAACAUCAGGUUAAAAACUUCAUUAAUGUAAAAGCUUUCCGGACGCGAUCGAACCAGUUUGACCUGAACGAUUCAAAAGUUGCUGGCUGCUGCUCAGCUGUUCACUCAGGUGCAGUUUAAGCCUCGUGUUCUGUUCUACACUAAAUAACUUAAACCGGUGUUGCAUCUUAAAUUUAAUUUAAUUAAUAUCAUUGAUGCUGAUGUGAAUUGAAGGAUUAUUGUCGUAACAGGAUAUAAAUAAUGAAACUAAUAUUGUAUAUUGCUCCGGAUCCAAACUUCCUUGUUUUCUUGCAAGUUAACAUUUAGCUAAUCCCCCUCUGAACAACGAAGUGAACUGCAAAUAUCAUUUUUCAGAGCUUUUAACACCACAAACAAAACCCCAUUAACUCCGGUGUCUGUCCAACUAUUUGCUCAAAAGCUGCAUAAAUAAAAACCACGUCACCGGGUGUUGAUAAGAAAAUGUUUUAAAUCCUUAAAUUCUCAAGGAAAAGUCACGUCGCACAAUUUCAUGCACUCACCGGUCAACACACAUGGCUGCGCUGCCCGAAAAAAAUCAAAGUUUAAAAUAACCACUCUUCAAAACAAGCGUCUGGAGAAUGAUGAUUAAUAUUUAGCACUAUUUUUGUACCCGGAAACAUGACUAAGGGAAAUGGCUCUCCUAUGUUUUAUCUUUUUUUUUUUUUGCUGGUAGUCUGUUAUUUAAUGAACCGUGCAGUGAUGUGUCAAACAUUUUGCAAAAAUAUAUAUACAUAUAAAAAAAAAAAACAUCAUUGCUUUUAAUUGUUGUAAUUUAUCUGGGUCACUUUAGAAGAUUUCUGGCUCACAUUUUGUUUUCCAUGUAAAUAAUCCUUAUGAUGAUUUCAAACACCGAUAGGCUAAAAAGAGAGGUUUUAAAAUAAAGCAGAAAUAAUAUACUGACAGUUUGUUGGAAUUCUUGUGGGUUUUAAGCGAAUUCGUGGGGCUUGACAUGUAACUGACAACUGUUGUAUAGAAAUGUACAUUUUUUGUAAAGAUAUUUUUAUCAAGAGGCAUGUUUACCGUAACUUUGUAUUUUCAGUUCAUGUAUAAAAAAAAAAAAUUAACGGUAUAUUCCCAAAACUGUUGUAAGGCUAGAAAAGUCAUGGUCGUAGAAACUACUUGUGUUCUUAUCAGUCAAUGAAAUGUUUGUGUCAUAUAUUUAACUAUGUUUCAACACUUUAUUUUACAAAUAAACAUGAA